AUGGCGCGCAUCUCGCAUCAGGGUGCGGCCAAGCCCUUCACGGCUUGGACCACCAUCUUCUACUUGUUGCUUGUUUUCAUUGCCCCCCUCGCCUUCUUCGGCACUGCACACGCUCAGGAUGAGACUUCGCCUCAAGAUAGCUACGGAACUGUCAUUGGUAUCGAUCUGGGAACCACCUACUCCUGUGUCGGUGUUAUGCAGAAUGGAAAGGUUGAAAUUCUCGUCAACGACCAAGGAAACCGUAUCACCCCUUCAUACGUCGCUUUCACCGAUGAGGAACGCCUGGUCGGUGACGCCGCUAAGAACCAAUACGCCGCCAACCCCAGACGGACCAUCUUUGACAUUAAGCGCCUGAUCGGUCGCAAGUUCGAUGACAAGGAUGUCCAGAAGGACGCCAAGCACUUCCCCUACAAGGUCGUCAACAAGGACGGCAAGCCCCACGUCAAGGUCGAUGUCAACCAGAGCCCCAAGACCCUGACCCCCGAGGAGGUCUCCGCCAUGGUUCUUGGUAAGAUGAAGGAGAUCGCCGAGGGCUACCUUGGAAAGAAGGUCACCCACGCCGUCGUCACCGUUCCCGCCUACUUCAACGACGCCCAGAGACAGGCCACCAAGGACGCUGGUACCAUUGCCGGCCUGAACGUUCUCCGUGUCGUCAACGAGCCCACCGCCGCCGCUAUCGCCUACGGAUUGGACAAGACUGGUGAUGAGCGCCAGGUCAUCGUCUACGAUCUUGGUGGUGGUACUUUCGAUGUCUCCCUCCUGUCCAUCGACAACGGUGUCUUCGAGGUCUUGGCUACCGCUGGUGACACUCACUUGGGUGGUGAGGACUUUGACCAGCGUGUCAUGGACCACUUCGUCAAGCUCUACAACAAGAAGAACAACGUUGAUGUCACCAAGGAUCUCAAGGCCAUGGGUAAGCUGAAGCGCGAGGUUGAGAAGGCCAAGCGUACUCUGUCUUCCCAGAUGUCCACCCGUAUUGAGAUUGAGGCCUUCCACAACGGCGAGGACUUCUCCGAGACCCUCACCCGCGCCAAGUUCGAGGAGCUGAACAUGGAUUUGUUCAAGAAGACCCUGAAGCCUGUCGAGCAGGUUCUCAAGGACGCCAAGGUUAAGAAGUCCGAGGUUGACGACAUUGUCCUCGUCGGUGGUUCUACCCGUAUCCCCAAGGUCCAGGCUCUUCUCGAGGAGUUCUUCGGUGGCAAGAAGGCCAGCAAGGGUAUCAAUCCUGAUGAGGCUGUUGCUUUCGGUGCUGCCGUCCAGGGUGGUGUCCUUUCCGGUGAGGAGGGUACCGGCGACGUUGUUCUGAUGGAUGUCAACCCCCUGACCCUGGGUAUUGAGACCACUGGUGGUGUCAUGACCAAGCUCAUCCCCCGCAACACUGUCAUCCCCACCCGCAAGUCCCAGAUCUUCUCUACCGCCGCUGAUAACCAGCCCACCGUCCUCAUCCAAGUUUACGAGGGUGAGCGUUCCCUGACUAAGGACAACAACCUGCUCGGCAAGUUCGAGCUUACCGGCAUUCCUCCGGCUCCCCGUGGUGUUCCUCAGAUCGAGGUCUCCUUCGACCUGGAUGCCAACGGUAUCCUGAAGGUUCACGCCAGCGACAAGGGCACCGGCAAGGCCGAGUCCAUCACCAUCACCAACGACAAGGGUCGUCUGUCCCAGGAGGAGAUUGACCGCAUGGUCGCCGAGGCUGAGGAGUUCGCCGAGGAGGACAAGGCCAUCAAGGCCAAGAUCGAGGCCCGCAACACCCUGGAGAACUACGCGUUCAGCCUGAAGAACCAGGUUAACGACGAGAACGGCCUGGGUGGCCAGAUCGACGAGGACGACAAGCAGACCAUCCUGGACGCCGUCAAGGAGGUGACUGAGUGGCUCGAGGACAACGCUGCCACCGCCACCACCGAGGACUUCGAGGAGCAGAAGGAGCAGCUCUCGAACGUGGCGUACCCGAUCACCAGCAAGCUGUAUGGCUCUGCGCCGGCGGACGAGGAUGACGAGCCCAGCGGGCAUGAUGAAUUGUAA